UAAUUAGGAGGAAGCAAUUGAGAGAUGCUCUUUCAAUGGAGUUAUCAUAUUUCAGAUCAACAGAUACGUUUCGAUACAUAAUUAUACCAACAACUUGUGUUGCAAUAUUCUUGGUAUAUUAUACAUGGAAAGUGUUGAAUUUUGCCUGGUUUAGGCCAAAAAAAUUGGAAAAGUGCUUAAGGCAACGAGGUCUUAAAGGAAAUCCAUAUAAGUUAUUAUACGGAGAUUUGAAUGAACUUACAAAAAGCAUAGUUGAAGCAAAGUCUAAGCCCAUCAAUUUCUCUGAUGAUAUUGCUCAAAGACUCAUCCCUUUCUUCGUUGACUCUAUCAACAAAAAUGGAAAAAAUUCGUUCAUCUGGCUAGGCCCAUUCCCAAUAAUGUUGAUCACAGAUCCUGAACAUGUGAAGGAGAUUUUUACAAAGAAUUAUGUGUAUCUAAAGCAAACUCAUCCCAAUCCAAUGACCACGUUAUUGGCUAAAGGUCUGGUGCUGGUUGAGGAAGACAAAUGGGCCAAACACAGAAAAAUCAUCAAUCCUGCCUUCCAUGUCGAGAAGUUAAAGCAUAUGCUGCCAGCAUUUUAUGUGAGUUGUAGUGAAAUGAUAAGCAAAUGGGAGGAGGUUGUUCCAAUGGAAACAUCAUUCGAGCUCGAUGUAUGGCCAGACCUUCAAAUAAUGACUAGUGAAGUCAUUUCUCGAACUGCAUUUGGGAGUAGCUAUGAAGAAGGAAGAAUAGUAUUUGAACUUCAGAAAGAACAAGCUGAGCAUGUAAUGGAAGCAGCACGUUCAAUUUAUAUACCUGGAUCAAGGUUCUUGCCUACUAAAAGAAACAAAAGAAUGCUGGAAAUUGAAAAGAAAAUUCAAACAACAAUUAAGCGUAUCAUUGACAAAAGAUUGAGGGCAAUGGAAGGAGGGGAGUCUAGUAAAGAUGACUUAUUAGGCAUAUUACUUGAAUCAAAUUUGAAAGAAAUUGAACAACAUGGAAGCAAAGAUUUCGGUAUGACAACAACAGAAGUGAUUGAAGAGUGCAAGUUAUUCUAUUUUGCUGGACAAGAGACAACUUCAGUGUUACUCGUAUGGACAAUGAUUUUGCUGUGCUUACAUCCAGAGUGGCAAGUACGUGCCAGAGAAGAGGUUUUGCAGGUCUUUGGAAAUGAUAAACCCGAUUUGGAAGGACUAGGUCGCUUGAAAAUUGUGACCAUGAUCUUGUACGAGACGCUAAGGUUAUUCCCCCCAUUACCAACAUUUGGUAGAAGGACUAGUGAUGAAGUCAAAUUGGGGGAGCUAGAUCUACCUGAUGGAGUGAUACUCAUUAUACCCGCAAUCUUAGUACAUUAUGAUAAGGAAAUAUGGGGUGAAGACGCAAAGGAAUUCAAACCAGAAAGAUUUAGUGAAGGAGUGUCAAAGGCAACCAAAGGACAAUUCUCAUAUAUUCCAUUUGGCGGGGGACCUCGAAUUUGCAUUGGACAAAACUUUGCAAUGAUGGAAGCAAAAAUGGCAAUGGCAAUGAUACUAAGAAAAUUCUCCUUCGAACUCUCUCCAUCUUAUACACAUGCUCCAUUUGCAGUAGUGACUAUUCAUCCUCAGUAUGGUGCUCCUCUGCUUAUGCGCAAACUUUAAAACGGAAUAUCCAGAAGAAUACUUGUAUUCAUAGGUUUUCUCAAUUGAACUUCAUAUAGGAUGCUUGGUCGAGAAAAAGAUAAGUUUUGCACCAUAGUAUUAAUGCAUCUCUAUAUUCAUUUUGGUUUGUCCAUAUACCGGGAAUCAACCAAAACAACUACUGCUAUUUUUCUCAAGUGCUAUGUACUUUCUUGUUUUCUUUGGCCUGUA